CACUCUCAUUACUCCACUCUCAACUAAAUUCAAAAUUGAAAUCCAUUUCUUUUCCAAAUUUUGUGAUAUCAAAUCCGUUUCUUCUUUAAUAUUUCUGGCUAGAACUAAUUACAUUAGAUGGAAAAUCCAGCAGAAGUUUCUGCAAUUGAACAAAUUAGAAUGCAUCUUCUAGGAGAGUUUUCUCCAAGAGAGCUUUCGUUUUCUGCUCAGAUCGAAAGAACUAGUAGUAUACAUUCAUCAGUUUCGAGUUCUCAAUCUGACUAUUCAGUUUCCAUUUCUGAUUAUUUCAUGGAUCUUGAGCAAAAUGAAUUUGAUUUUAGCGACUUUUCAAGCCCUGAGUCUGUAGAUUUGGGGCAAAAUCAGUUAAAUCCUCCAGUUAUAGACCUCACUACACCAAAGGCGCAAACAUUGACAGAAAGGAAGCCUUCAUUGAAGAUUGAAUUGCCGGUGGUAAAGAAAUUCGACUGGAUAGAACUUCCCGAGUCGACUCAGUCGAACUCGGUGGCGAACGUGCAGGACAACUCCGAUGUGGAGAAGAUUCAUUACAGAGGAGUAAGACGGCGGCCAUGGGGAAAAUACGCGGCCGAGAUCAGGAACCCUAAGCGGCGUGGCUCACGUGUCUGGCUCGGGACAUUCGACACCGCCAUCGAAGCCGCUAAAGCUUAUGACAGAGCGGCGUUCGAGAUGCGGGGUUGCAAGGCAAUUCUGAACUUCCCGCUGGAGAUUCAGAAGGAAGUAUGUGAACCAGACGCCACCGUUGACGUAGGGCGAAAGCGGCGGAGAGAAGCAGAGAAGGUAGUGAUGGAAGAAAAGAAAUCGAUGAAACUGGAAACGACAGUAAGAAAUGAAAUGAUGCAACGGCAAUUAACGCCGUCAUGUUUGAGCUCAGCUUGGGAUCAGAACGGGGAUGAGACAUUUAACUUUCCUCUGUUAUCUCCAUUAUCUCUGUUCAAUUAUCCGCAGCUACUUGCCAUAUGAAACAAAAUAAAGAAAUUGCCACUUUAGUCAUUCUGUCUAAUGUGACGAGUUUUUAUA